AUGACCAGGUCGAAGAGACCUGGUGACCAUCUCAUGCUCAAGAGGAUGCACCGGUUUGUAGUACUGGUGGGGGCUGUUCUAGCCCUGGCUCUCUCAAAAAGCACCAUUGACGACACCAACCUGCUCUUCAAGAACACGAUAAAAAAGUGGGGCGUACAAAUUAGAGACAAACGAGACCACAGUGAGAGAUACAAUCGACUUGUUCGAAUGAAGAGGGGUCAUGACGAGACCUCAACUGGAGUUAUGCUCGAUGCUCUCAACCGAUUUGCUGUCAAUAAUGACGAGGAGCACGAAGAACUUGUGUCUCGUACUCGACGAAAUGGUAACUUGACCCUAUUGGUGAACGAACGCUCCGCCGAAGACAACCACAAAAUGAAAAGGAUGGAAGGCCUUACCCUGGAUCUGGACAAAAGAGACUAUCCUAGUCCGGAGGAAGUAAAUUGGAAUCCGGGUGAAGGGCCAAAGGAAUACCAGUACUGGGAGAAAACUCUGGGAAUGUCUAGACCGCAGGAUCAAGCCAGUUGCGGAAGUUGCUGGUCCUUCCCCGCUGCAGCAACUUUGGAGGCACUGUACUACAAGCUGACAGGAGAAUUUGUCGUCUACUCGAAGCAGUACUUCAUUGACUGCACCUUUUCGUACAGCGGGUGUGCAGGUGGUACUGUUAAUCAGGGCUACAAGAUCACCAAAGAUCGCCAGUACCUCAUGAGUGAGGGGGAUUGGCCGCUCACUGCUGACUAUCAGCCGUGCAAAUGGACAAUGGAUAUCCGCAAUAAAAAGAGGAACGCCUUCAAGAACGCAUAUUUACAGGACUGGUAUCCCCUGAGCAAAACCGCGGACGGAUUGAUGAGGGGACUCCGACACAGCCCGGUUGCUUUUGGAGGGUAUAUCAGCGAUAACUACUUUGGCUACACCCAUGGAUUGUACGAUGAUCCUGUGUGUGCAUCACAGCCUGUGGCUCACGCUCAGCUUCUCGUUGGUUACACUGAAACAUAUCUCAGAGUACGAGGAAGUUACGGAGUAUGGUGGGGCGACUUAGGAUACAUAAACUAUGAUAGAAAGGGAAUACCCACCAUGAAUUCCUGCAGACUCUUCGAUAACGCCUACUCUGUCCUUAUAGCUCCGAGACAAGAGGUGGAAUACGAAUUCUGUAGCGGCGGAAAACCAACGACUCGAGCUCUUUGCCAGGCGUCCUGCAAGGCCAUGGACACAGAAACUGAGACCGGCUGGGACCUGGCUGUUAUCCCCACCGUACAGCAUAACAACGAGGUUGUGAACAUGGUAAACGCAAGAUUCCCUGGAGUCAAGUCUGACGAUAAAUUCAAUCUGCUCCAUAUCGGAGUUACCGACCCCGAGAAGUGUGGGCACUACCACUGGAGCAACAAGUGCUGGCAUGUUAACUACUUUAACUACACCCGGAAGACGGGUGAAGGCAAGUACGGUUUGUUGAACAAGAACGACGGUUACUGGACGAUGAGGAACUCACAGACAUACCAAGCUAGAGGACUCUGUAGUCGAACAAGAACGUGUUUCGAUAUCAAGUACAAAGUAAAAGACGGUACGAUAGUGUACAGUACUGACGGUGAGCUGAUCGAGGGCACUGUUGCAACCCUGUCAUGUUCGGAAGGUUGCACCAUGACGGGUCCUCCGUCUCUAACCUGUAAAGCUGGAGCCUGGGGUGAAAAGGAUAUUCUCUCCAGAUGCGCGUGUCCUGAUGAGGAUGGACACUUUGAUGAUGACGGACAUGAUCACAGUGCUGAGGAGGACGAACACUUUGAUGAUGACGGACAUGAUCACAGUGCCGAGGAGGAUGGACACUUUGAUGGUGACGGACAUGAUCACAGUGCUGAGGACGACGAACACUUUGAUGGUGACGGACAUGAUCAUGAGGAGGAGGAAAAGGAAGUGGAGAAAGAGGAGAAGCAGAAGCAGAAGAAAAAGAAGAAGAAAAAGAACGGUAGAGUAUAAGUCGAAGAAUUCCGAGGACACGAAAGAUAUAUUCCUAGAUGGGUUAGCUGGACUUAUGAACUGUUUCUGCUCGGAAAAUUAUAAUCCCGAAGUUUUUUGUGCAUUUCUUUAUCUGUUGAGGGGACUGCAUUGAGCUUCAUAUGUGGUUUUAAUUUCCACGUCGUAUCUUUGAACUAGUGGUUAAUGUUUUAUUGUCAACUAUGUAUUAUCUCCCCAGUUGCAACACUUA